GGGGUUUCAGAUUGUUUUCGUCCGUUAAUUCGAAUAGACGUGUGAGCUGAGACUUCGAGAUACUGCGGAAAGUAUCUGGAAGAUACGCGUAGUUUGGCCCACCAAAACAACUACUGACCGACCGAAUGAAUUGUUUGUGGCCCAGUGAAGUUACUAUCGAAAUUUAAAAUUAUUACCGGUCAAAUGAAUAAAUGUAUCUGCGAGAUACGCGAAGUGAAGUUUUCUAGCCAGAGAGGAAAUCCAAGUGUAAAAUCCAAAAACGAAAAACCGCCCCCGCAACAAUAAUAAAAACAACCGGUACGCCACCCCCGAAAAUCGACUUCGCAGUCGCCGUCGCAAUCGUUUGGAAAUAAAUCGUGUUUUUGCCUUUUCGCAUUUGUUGUUGUUUUUUGUUGUUUAUACGCCAAGUUAUUUACGUCGCAAGGCGAAAUAACAACAAAACGGCUGGCGAAAAACAAAUCGAGUCGGCGAAAAUGUUUUACAAUUAAAAUUACGCGCGCAGCGGGCACAAAGGUACGAGUAUCUGCAAGAUACACACACGUAGAUCAAAUAAAGCAGCGCAAUAUGCGCAAAUUAAACUAAAAUGCAGCACAUCAGAGCUGUAAAAACUUUUACGACUACGACCGGUAACUUUGCCACCCGCACAGUCGAAAAUAAUACCAGAUACAAAUUAAGGUCGCCCAGCGGCAGCGCAUAAACACACGGUGGAAGUGGAGGAUUUCUACCUGGAGUAUAUUAGUCUCAGUCCUUAGAUCCUUACACAAAAGGAUAGCCAGCCGGGGAGCGCAGAACCCACACACAAAGGCCGUAAAACAUUUCGGGCUGCUGCAGGUCUCCUCCUCCCAGGACUCGUAAAUUUCCAACCCAACCACCACACCACCAUCACCACCCGAAAAAUAAAAACACCGAAAAAUCCAAGGCACCGCCAAGUAACUGCAUCCUCAACCAACUUAUAUAUAGAAACAUAUAUAUAUAUAUUCGUGCAGAGAUGGCGGGCAACAUUGUCAAAUGGUGGAAGCAUAAAAUUCUCGGCGGCUACAAACAAUUCUCAGUCCAGGAGUGCACCACAGACUCCGAGGAGCUGAUGUACCACCAGGUGCGCGCCUCCUCCUCCUGCAGCGCCCCGCCCGACUUGCUGCUGGUCAGCGAACGUGACAAUAAUAUCCAACUGCGAUCGCCGGUGGUGAACAUAAUCACCACGCCGCCGGGCAACGCCUCCAGUGGGGCGGGCAAGCAGCAGGCGCACCUGCACCACCCGACGAACCCGCACCACCACCACGCCGCCGGCAGGAGCCACCCGUCGCAGCCAGGACAUCCGCAGGACGUGAUCAGCGGCGGCAGCCACAGCAAACAUCUGCGCAUCAGCAGCACGAACAACGGCAACGGCAACGGCAAACACGGCAAGUACUCGAAUAUGCAGCACAAUGUGCACUUGCCGCAGGACGAAGACGUGGUGGAUGCCGCAGCCUCGAUGCAGCAGCAGCAGCACGGCGGCCACGCCCACUCGCGGCACCUGCACCACCACAAGGAGGAGCGCAUCCGACUGGAGGAAUUCACCUGCGACGUGUCCGUGGAAGGUGGAAAGUCCUCGCAGCCGCUGCAGUUCUCGUUCACGUUCUACGAUUUGGACGGCCACCACGGCAAGAUAACAAAGGACGACAUCGUGGGCAUUGUGUACACCAUAUACGAGUCCAUCGGCAAGUCGGUGGUGGUGCCCCACUGCGGCAGCAAGACAAUCAACGUGCGGCUCACCGUCAGUCCCGAGGGCAAAUCGAAAGCGCAGCCGGUGGUUCCUGUGCCGGUUGCAGCCGGAUUCGGCAGCAGCCACGCCAGCAAGCUGAAGAAGCUGCCCACGGGACUGGCGGCCAUGUCGAAACCCCUGGCAGGAGCAGCUCCAAAUGCAGCUGGAGCUGGAGGUGGUGGUUCCGGUGGGGCCACGGCACUAACGACUUCCGCCGGCAACCGCCGUCAGCAUCGCUAUCGCCCUCGCAAACUGAUUAAGUCCGAUGACGAGGACGAUGACAGCAACAGCGAGAAGGAGAAGGACCCCUCGGCCCCGUCCCUGGAGCAGCCCAGCGGGAGCGGGGCGAGGAAGAGCCACCACCAGUCCCGUUACAGUCACGGCCAGAAGAUCAGCUCCCGGGCGGAGCAGUGCUGCUCGGAACAGCACACGCCGGACAACAACGCCCACAACACCUACGAGAACAUGCUGAAUCUCAAGUGCUGCAAGCCGGAGAGCGACCAGGUGGACUGCCCCUCCCACCGCCAGCACCAGCAGCAGCAGCACCACUUGCAGCACCACCAGAACCACCAGAUGCGCCAGCAGGACAUCUACAUGAAGCAGGCCACCCAGCGGGUCAAGAUGUUGCGGAGGGCGCGCAAACAAAAGUACCAGGAUCACUGCCUCGAGUCGCGACAACGCAGCCAGUCGGUGGGCAACGAGUCCGCCUGGCAGAACCGCCAUCUGCAGCCGCAGCAACCACCGGUGGGUCAGGCGUGGCUCGCCCCCCAGCCGCUGAACCACAAGAGCGCGUCGGGGUCGCCACCGCCGGGCGGCCUGGGUGGUGGCGACAUGAUGCUCGACGGCGUGCAGCUGCGCCAGCCACGCCCCCAAUCGCUCAGCCAGCAGAAUCACCAGCAGCAGAGGAAGUCGGCCGAGUGCUGGAAAUCGGCGCUGAAUCGCAACGAUUUAAUUAGCAUCAUCAGGGAGAGCAUGGAGAAGAACCGCCUGUGUUUUCAGCUGAAUGGAAAACCCCAAGCCAAUGUGAGUCCCAUACGGCAACCGGCAGCACAACAACAACAACCACAACAACAGCAACGCCAACGCUGCAAUACGGGCUCGAAAAUCCCCACGUUAAUUGCCAACCACAGUCCGGUCGCCCUGCAGUCGCCGCUCAGCUGCAGUCCGCCCACGGCGGACACCACCUGCAUUCCAGUGGCACCGCCACCGCUGGCCAUCGAGGUCAACGGUCAACAGCAGCAGCAGCAGCAGCAGCAGCAGUCGCACCACAGCCACAGCCACCACGAGCAUCCCCAACCACACAUACCCAUCUACCACCAGCAGCUGGCCAUUAAUCCGGCCGUCCUGGCCGCCCAGCAGACCCACAACACGGCCCACAACAAGCUGAACCUCUGUGGCUACGACUCCUUCCUGCACGCCACCAUCUGCGGGGGCGGGGCCGCCGCCCACUCGCCCCCAGCCACGCCCAGUAAUGUGGCUACGGUCCAGCCGAUUCCGAAGAAGAGCCAGCGCAGCAGCAAGGACUACAAGAACUACGGGAACCUCAUCUACGCCAAGCUGAGCGAGCAGCUGCAGCAGAAGGAUCGCGAGCAGCGCCGCCAGCGGCACAAGCAGCAGCAGCACCACCACCACAAUAACCACCAGCUGCUGCAGGAUGAGCAGAAGGAGCAGCGGCCGCCCACCUCGAACUCCAGCUCGGCGGGAUCGAAGAUCUACGGCGACGCCGUGGAGUGCGCCCACCUGCUGGCCAGCGAGGAGGAGGACCUGCCCCCCAGUCCGCAGCUCACCAGCACGCCCAGCAAGGUGGUCAGCACCGACACCCUCAUCGAUCUCAAUGAUGAUGUGGGCGAGGCAGUGGCCGAGGCGGUAACGGAGGGGGGCAAGCAGCCUGGGGAGGCGGAGGAGGCGGGUCAGCAGGGGGAGGUGGAGCUGGACACCAGUGCCUCCAGCUCCAUGAUCCACCGCUACGUGCACGAGCACAUCCACCACCACUACCACCACUUCAAGGAGCAGCAGGAUGUCUAAGCCAGAGAGGGGGGCACCCACUAAACCUACUUGAAUGUUGCUUAUGUUUCAGUCUAUUGAGUAAUGUAGCGCGAAUUGUAAUUUAAAGUAAGCCUCAAACUAAAUCAAGAAAUAUUCGAAAACGAUAUUAGGGCCACAAGCAGUUGGGUUGGAGAAGGGAGUUUGGAAAGGAAAAAUAGAUUAUUAACAAAAUUAAAAUUUAAUAACAUUUGAACCAAUUAAGAUUUAUUACAGAGAGUAAAUUCACAAUAGAUUGAAUAAUGAUCAUGUAAAAAUAUUGUAUUUAAACCAUCAUUUUUAUUACUCCAGUUCCAAACUCACUUUUCCAACUCAGCUGGGGGAAAAACUUCAGAGCCAAACUGGAACCCAUUGAAGGUUUAACCCACUGUGAGAUCCACUGAUCCCAGCAUAUAUGUAGCCUCUAUAGCUUACGCAAAGAAAAA